CAAUGCUCCGCACUUGGAUUCUUCCCUCCUCUCCCCCACUACCCAACUCAUAUUCCUGGUUUCUUAAAGCCUAGCUUAGGUUCCAGCUCCGAUCCUUCUCUUCUCUCCUAGAGCCACUCACCGGCGCUCUCGCUGAACUCGCCCCCGCCGCUCUUAGCUUUGCCCCCACGCGUCAGCCGCACGAGCUGGUUCCUAUAUAUAACGGCCGGGAACCUCGCCUAGCAGCCUCAUCGAUCAGCGCAGUGCCGUGCCUCUGCUAUCUAUCUCCGGCGGACGACUGGCCACCGUGUGCUAGCUAGCUAGCUAGCCAACAAGGCAAGCCAGUAGCUGAUCGAUCGCCGUCGCAGCUCGCGCGCGGCCGAUCGAAGAUGUCGACCACCGCCUACAACAUGUCGUCGGCGUACAUGCCGAACCCGAGCAUCGGCAUACCGGACUGGCUGAACAAGGGCGACAACGCGUGGCAGAUGGUGGCGGCCACGCUGGUGGGCCUGCAGAGCGUGCCGGGGCUGGUGAUCCUGUACGGCAGCAUCGUGAAGAAGAAGUGGGCCGUGAACUCGGCGUUCAUGGCGCUGUACGCGUUCGCCGCCGUGUGGCUGUGCUGGGUCAUGUGGGGCUACCAGAUGUCCUUCGGCCAGAAGCUGCUCCCGUUCUGGGGCAAGGCCGGCCACACGCUCGGCCAGGGCUUCCUCCUCAGCCAGGCGGGGCUCCCGGCGACCACGCACUUCUUCCACGGCAGCGGCGUCGUCGAGACGGGCGAGAUCACGCCCUUGUAUCCCAUGGCGUCCAUGGUCUACUUCCAGUGCGUGUUCGCCGCCAUCACGCUCAUCCUGCUCGCCGGCUCCCUGCUCGGCCGCAUGAACUUCAAGGCGUGGAUGCUCUUCGUCCCGCUCUGGCUCACCUUCUCCUACACCAUCGGCGCCUUCUCCAUCUGGGGCGGUGGCUUCCUCUUCCACUGGGGCGUCAUCGACUACUCCGGCGGCUACGUCAUCCACCUCUCCUCGGGCGUCGCGGGCUUCACCGCCGCCUACUGGGUCGGGCCCAGGCUCACCAAGGACAGGGAGAGGUUCCCGCCAAACAACGUCCUGCUCAUGCUCACCGGCGCCGGCAUCCUGUGGAUGGGCUGGGCUGGCUUCAACGGCGGAGACCCCUACGCCGCCAACAUCGACUCCUCCAUCGCCGUGGUCAACACCAACAUCUGCGCCGCCACCAGCCUCCUCGUCUGGACCUGCCUCGACGUCAUCUUCUUCAAGAAGCCCUCCGUCAUCGGCGCCGUCCAGGGCAUGAUCACGGGUCUCGUCUGCAUCACUCCCGGCGCAGGCCUGGUCCAGGGCUGGGCGGCGAUCGUGAUGGGCAUGCUCUCGGGCAGCAUCCCGUGGUGCACGAUGAUGGUGGUGCACAAGCGCUCCCGCCUGCUGCAGCAGGUGGACGACACCCUGGGCGUGUUCCACACCCACGCCGUGGCCGGGUUCCUGGGCGGCGCCACCACGGGGCUGUUCGCGCACCCGGACCUGUGCCCGCUGUUCCUGCCCGUCACCAACUCCCGCGGCGCCUUCUACGGCGACGGCAUGCAGUUCCUCAGGCAGGUGGUCGGCGCGCUCUUCAUCAUCUCCUGGAACGUGGUGGUCACCAGCCUCGUGUGCCUGGUGGUGCGGCUCGUGGUGCCGCUGCGCAUGCCCGACGACGAGCUGGCCAUCGGCGACGACGCCGUGCACGGCGAGGAGGCCUACGCGCUCUGGGGCGACGGCGAGAAGUACGACUCCACCAAGCACGGCUGGUACUCGGACAACGACACGCAGCACAACAAGGCGCCCAGCGGCGUCACGCAGAACGUCUGACCACAGGGUUUGCGGUGUCUGGGUCUGGAGGGAGGUGUUGUUGUUGGGAAUAAGCGAUCAGGGGUUUGGUUUAAACAACGUAACGCCUGCUGCUGCUGUUCAUGUUGGCCCCCCUAGGGUUUUUCGACUGGACAAUUGUUUGAUUCGCCCGCGUGAUGCUAGCUACGGGCUGGGAUGCAGUUUUUACGGUCAUGGCGCGUGUGUGGGUGGAGUUGCUCGAUUUCUUUUCUUUUUUUCUCUUCUGUUAUUGUUGCAGUUUGCUGUGGAACAGUAAUAAUGAU